AUGUUGAAUACAGCGGUGAAACCUACGGUUCAAACCCCUAUCAAAGGGCUGUCCAUAUCGUCGGCCCAGUCGUCGACAUAUAGUGAACUUAAAGCCGAUUCUGAGGACACGAUAAGUGAUAUACAAGAGGAAGAAGAUAAUGGAUUGCCAUUAGCUUUGAGUCAAUCGGAAGGAGAGCCUAAAGAUAGAUACGGCACCGGCAGAUUCGAUGAACACAUAUAUGCCGUUAAAAGAGUCGAAUUAAAGGAUUCUUCUGAGGAUUAUAUGAAUAGAAUUCUGAAUGAAGUGAAGAAUUUAGGAAAAGUUCGGUCAGAAUAUGUGGUCCAGUAUUACAACUCAUGGCUCGAAACCAACUUCCUUUACAUUCAAAUGGAGUUCUGUUCACAGAAUUUGCGGAAUAUUCUCGAAAUUAAACCAAAAGAAUUUGACAGAGAUUUAGGGGAAGCCAUGAGUUCUUAUGAGUACUUCAUUUCGUGUGAAAUAUUCCGUCAGAUCUUAGAAAGUGUUCAGUAUUUGCAUGAAUUGAAUCCACAGAUCAUUCACAGAGACCUCAAACCCGACAAUAUAUUGAUUGAUGGGAACGGAAGGAACGGUAGAUUUGUUAAGUUAUGUGACUUUGGUGUGGCUAAAGUCCACCAGAAAAACAUAAAUAAGACUUAUGAUAAAUACACUACAGGUGUGGGGACACCAAAAUACCAAGCUCCCGAAAUAGCCCAGGACCCUGAUACGUAUUGUCGAAAGUCUUUACUCCGGGAAUGAAACGAUUAAAACAAAAAUCAUUGAAAUGUUAAAUAUAUUGCAUUCAAUGGUUUUAUCCAUUUAUAACCGAAGGCCUGAAUGUUCACACGUUUUGCAUAAAUAUAAUGAUUGGGCUAUCGAUCAGAAUAUUCUUAAGGAAACUAAUAUUGAAUUAAUAACAACUCAACUAAAGGAUCAUGAUCAGUUUUUCAUUAAUUUUCUUAAA